AUGGUAUCUGACGACCCAUUAAUGAUAUACAUCAACGGAUUCCUUUCACCAUACGAGAUUGAUUAUUUGAUGGACAUGGCUCAAGAAAAGGUCUAUUACAAUCGGACGGCCUCGAGAGCUUUCGUGGUCCCUAACCCUGACCCGGUCGGACAGUGUAUCACGGCACGAGCCGAGAAGAUCUCCGGGUUCCUACCGUGGGCGAUAUUCGAAGAACUGCAGGUGGUUCGGUACACCCCCGGCGAACGCCACGACAUGCACAAGGACAACAUGGACAGACCAUUUCCCCACGAAGGUAUCGGAGACAGGUGUAACCGUCUCCUGAGCUUUUUCGUCUACAUCGGAGACCAAUGUGAGGGAGGAGAGACGUAUUUCCCUCAUCAACUGGCGGCCCCUGACGAUAGUGACACCGCCAAGUUCGGCAGGACCACCAAGAAUAGUUCCAGGGGGCUCGUGGUGCGUCCCGUCGCUGGCAAUGGUCUAUUUUGGAUCAAUCUGAAAAAGGACUGGACCACGGACGAAAGAUUGAAGCAUGCCUCGUUGCCAGUCACAAAGGGGGUCAAGUAUGGGAUGAAUAUACUCGGAGAGGGAUGUUAUUAG